ACUUCGGAGAAUCGAUAAAAAUAGUAAAUGCAAUAUGCAAUACAAUGCAAGGUUCUCUUUUUGGUUCUCGCGUCGAACGUCAAUCCUUUCAUCGAAUCAGGGGCAAAUAUUCGUUUCUUAUCUCGAAUGACAUCGUUUUUUUCAACAACAGAUCUUGGCAGAUCUGGUAAUUUUAAAAUGACGUUGGACCUUUCAUGUUAUAAAAUAUCUGUGGUCGAAUUUAUUCGUUUAGAGUUUAUAAACGUUUGCACGUAGCGUGCCCAUUAAAACCGAAGUACCCGCCUUGCCAAGAGACUAACAACUGGCAAUUAAAUUCUUUUAAGUUUACAUAUCACUCAGAUUCGAAUUGCGAAAUAGGUAGUGCAUACAUCAUUCGUUUUUUCCGCCAUUUUAUAUAUUCAAAGCGUUCGAAAUCUCAACAUUGGCGUAAACAUCCGCGUAAUAAUCGGUAAAUAGUAAAGUUAAAUAGAGGAUUAGAUAAUGAUUUCAUUCGUACUUUAAUAAGGUUGCCAAUUAAAAGACUUGUGUAACGUAGAAAAGAAUGUGCUUGGCGUACCAUAUUUCAUUUGAACGAAACGAAUUAAUGCCUCCAAUUAUAUUUUGCCUAAAGAGCAUAUGUGAAAGUAAAAGGCAAGAAUGAAGUAUCCAUACAUAAGAUGAAGCAUAUCCUUCUAAAUAUAAUAAAUAACGUGUUGAUAGUAUGAGACAUUCCUACAGACAUGAAAAUUCGAAAUACAUUUCUAAUAUACUACAUGCUUUUUACUAUAGAAAACAUUUAUGGGCUUCAUAGAAAUUUAAAAUAUUAUGAAACCCUUCAUGCAUCCGAUCUUGAACACAGAAUUAUAAAGCGGGGCGUUCAACAUAGUUAUCAUCCUUAUAACAAAAUAAGCGAAUUAGAAUUUUAUUCUCAUGGACGAUCUUUUCGUUUAAUCUUAACGCCAAGAAGGGAAGUUAUUCAUUCCAAGUUUAAAGCGUACGAAGUAAAUGGCGAAGGAAAAGAAAAAACUAUACAUUUAGAUCAUGAAAGUUUUUAUCAUGGACGUGUAUUUGGUGAAAUUGACUCUCAUGCGCAAGUACAUAUCGAUAAUGGAAUUCUAACAGCCAGUGUUACAAUUUCUGAUGAAACAUUUCACAUUGAACCAUCUUGGAGACAUCUACCUCACUUAGGAAAUGAAACAAUGAUUAUUUAUAAAUCGUCAGAUGUUCAACUUAGUUGGGAACAUUUUCAAAACAAUGAAGGCCAUACACAUGGUGUUCCUAAAACCUGUGGAUAUGUAAAAGAAGAAUUAGGCAUUCUGAUAAACGACGAGGAAAAGACUGAAGAAGAAUCCAAUAAACUUGCCAGAACAAAAAGACAAACAGAAACUUACGAAUAUACUCCCACAAAAACUAGAUGUCCUUUGUUGUUGGUUGCCGACUAUCGUUUUUACCAAGAAAUGGGUGCUAGUAAUACAAAAACGACUAUUAAUUAUCUGAUCAGUUUAAUCGAUAGGGUACAUAAAAUUUAUAAUGAUACUUUGUGGCAAGAACGACAAGAACAAGAUGGAUUUAAAGGAAUGGGAUUUGUUAUUAAAAAGAUAGUAGUUCAUAAUGAACCAACUCGCGUAAGAGGCGGUGAAACACAUUAUAAUAUGGUUAGAGAAAAAUGGGAUGUACGCACGUUACUCGAGGUAUUUAGUCGGGAAUAUAGCCAUAAGGAUUUUUGUUUGGCUCAUUUGUUUACUGAUCUCAAAUUUGAGGGUGGUAUAUUGGGAUUAGCAUACGUCGGAUCACCUCGUAGAAAUUCAGUAGGUGGAAUCUGUACACCAGAAUAUUUCAAGAAUGGCUACACGCUGUAUCUCAAUUCAGGACUGAGUUCUAGCAGGAAUCAUUAUGGACAAAGAGUGAUUACAAGAGAAGCUGACUUAGUCACUGCACAUGAAUUUGGACACAAUUGGGGUUCCGAACAUGAUCCAGAUAUAACAGAAUGCAGUCCAAGUGCUAGUCAAGGAGGGUCAUACUUAAUGUACACGUAUAGUGUUAGUGGAUACGAUGUAAAUAAUAAGCGUUUUUCGCCAUGUAGUUUAAGGUCCAUUAGAAAAGUUUUACAAGCAAAGUCUGGUCGCUGUUUUUCUGAACCAGAAGAAUCGUUUUGUGGUAAUCUACGAGUCGAGGGAGACGAAGAAUGUGACGCAGGAUUAUUGGGAACAGAGGACAACGAUGCUUGCUGUGAUAAAAAUUGUAAACUUCGUAGAAAUCAAGCAGCAGUUUGUAGCGAUAAAAACUCACCCUGCUGUCAAGGUUGUGCGUUCAUGCCGUUAGGUGUAAAAUGUAGGGAUGCACAGUAUGCUACUUGCGAGCAAGAAUCGCGCUGUACUGGAGCGUCUAGCGAAUGUCCUAGAUCUCCACCACUGAAAGAUGGUACAGGUUGCUUCGAGAGAGGUCAAUGUAGACUCGGAAAGUGCGUACCAUAUUGCGAGACGCAAGGUCUACAGAGUUGUAUGUGCGAUACAAUUGGAGAUGCGUGUAAAAGGUGCUGUCGAAUGAGUUUAAAUGAGACCUGUUUUCCUAUAGAUCCACAGGAUAUUUUACCUGAUGGGACACCAUGCAUUCAAGGUUUCUGUAAUAAGGGUAUUUGCGAGAAAACAAUUCAGGAUGUAGUAGAACGAUUUUGGGAUAUUAUCGAGGACAUAAAUAUUAAUAAAGUGAUGCGAUUCUUGAAAGAUAAUAUAGUGGGGGCUGUCAUAAUUAUUACUGCUAUCGUAUGGAUCCCGACAAGUUGUAUUAUUAGUUAUAUUGACCACAGACGUAUUAAAGAAAGUGAAAAGAAAUGGCGCUGGAAGCAUACAGAUGAGCUUAUUCAUCCAGACGAACAAAGACAAGUUAUUUAUAUAAAUGGGCAACGGCAAAGGAUGCAACAGGUUACGCAACAAUCGUAAACAUUUAAUUUAUCCAUACCAUUUAUAUUCUUUAUAUUUGAGACAUUUCUAGUCAUAAAUGUUUUUAUCUGUUAUACUACAUAUUUUCUAUUUCUUAUCUUUAUAUAUUAAAAAAACAUUUUCAACGGGAAUAUAUAGUAUUAUUUCAAAUAUAAAUACAGUAAUAUAUGUGAUUUAAAAACAAAUACACUAAAUAUA